UUUCGCCCAUGGUCGCGCUCGGUCUCUUCAAGCUCGCGUCGUCGGCGAUCAUCUUUAGCCUCGCGCUCGGCGGCGGCCUCUUCCCUCUCUACUGCGUGCGGCCCGACAGCGUGGUCCACAGCGUCCUCAACAUGGCGGCAGGCGGCAUCUUCCUCGCCGGCUCCUUUGUGCACUUGCUGCCAGACGCGCUUGAGAACGCGCCGCUCGCCGCGCUUGGGUGCCCAUCCACCGCCACGGUCUGCUUUCCGUUUGCGUGCUUCUUCUACGGCCUCGGCUUCGCGCUCAUUCUGCUGGUCGAAGGCGUUGCGCACGCAGCCAAGGACCGAUUUCUGCCGCACUCGCCGGCGUCGGCGUCGGAGCUGCUGCCGCUGCACGUCAAGACGCACACGGAGCACGACGACGACGUGACGCACGCGCACAGCCACAACAUUUUGGACACGCCCGACACGACGGCGGCGUCGCUUGCGAUCUUUGUCGCGCUGUCGUUUCACUCGCUCAUGGAGGGCAUUGGCAUUGGCGCGGCGCCCGAGUCGGCGUGGAACCUCCUCCUCGCGAUCGUCGCGCACAAGUCGCUCGCGGCCAUGGCGCUGACGCUGGAGCUGCAGCACCACAACGUGUCGCGCGCCAAGAUCGUGCUGAGUCUCGCCGUCUUUGGGGCCAUGUCGCCCGUUGGGAUUGGCCUCGGGUACGUCCUCGCGGGGGCCAACCCCGCCGAGUCGCUUGCGAGCGGCAUUUGCACGGCGCUGGCCGGCGGCACGUUUUUGUACGUGGGUGCGAUGGAGGUCCUGCCCCAAGAACUCCGCAACAAGGAGCACUUGGGUCUCAAGCUCACGGCGUUCUUGAUCGCGUUUGGACUCUUUGCCGCGCUCGCGCUCUGGGUCUGAUAGCUCGAUUGGUCUUCUAUUUCCCACCCUUAUUAACCACAUUAUCUAAC